AGGAGAAUCUACGUAUCAACAGAAAGAACAAAGGUCAGGACUGCCUAAUUGCUGACAUGAUGCGACUCACCGAGGGGGUGUUUCUGUUUCUGUGUGGCAUUCAGUUUACACUGGGAAUUCUAGUUAAUGGUUUCAUUGGGUUAGUCAAUGGUAGGAGCUGGUUCAAGACCAAGAAAAUGUCUUUGUCUGACUUCAUCAUCACCAACCUGGCACUCUCGAGGAUCAUUCUGCUAUGGAUUCUCUUGACUGAUGGUUUUUUAAUGGUAUUCUUUCCCAACGCACAUGAUUCAGGGAUACCAAUGCAAAUUAUUGAUGUUUUCUGGACGUUUAUGAACCAUCUGAACAUUUGGCUUGCCACCUGUCUUGGUGUCUUCUACUGCCUGAAAAUCGCCAGUUUCUCUCACCCCACAUUCCUCUGGCUCAAGUGGAGAGUUUCUAGGGUGAUUGUAUGGAUGCUGUUGGGUGCACUGCUCUUAUCCUGUGGUAGUACUGUAUCUCUGACCAAUGAGUUUAAGUUCUAUUCUGUCCUUAGGGGAAUUGAGGGCACCAGGAAUAUGACUGAACAUUUCAGAAAGAAGAUGAGUGAGUACUAUCUGAUCCAUGUUCUUGGGACUUUGUGGAACCUGCCUCCCUUAAUUGUGUCCUUGGCCACCUACUCUCUGCUCGUCUUCUCCCUGGGGAGGCACAGACGGCAGAUGCUGCAAAAUGGUACGAGCUCCAGAGAUCCAAGCACAGAAGCCCACAAGAGGGCCAUGAGAAUCAUCCUUUCCUUCUUUUUUCUCAUCUUACUUUACUUUCUUGCCUUUUUAGUUGCAUCGUCUAGUCGUUUCCUACCAAAACCCAAGGUGGCUGUGAUGAUUGGCGAAGUAAUUACAAUGUUUUGUCCUGCUGUCCAUUCAUGUAUUCUCAUUCUGGGGAACAACAAGCUGAAGCAGACAUUUGUAGAGAUGCUCCGGUGUGAGUCUGGUCAUCUGAAGCCCAGAGCCAAGGGACUCAUUUUCUCUUAGAGUAACAAAAGGCAUGCAGUGGAGCCUGUGAGCCUUGUGGCCUGGCUCAAGACUACAGGACUUUUCCAGACCCUCCUAUGGUACCAGUUCCAUAACAUCACUAGGAGAGAAACACUGAUUGCUUUGCCUCUGGUCCCUGGGGACCUGUUUCAAGGCAAAAGCCAUGCUUCUCACGGCCUCUCUCUGUAUGGUGGUUGUGGAGUGGGGAGGGUGCAGGAGUAUAGUAGUGUUUUGGAAAUGACAAUGUUGUGAGAGCACUCUCACUAA